GGAAGCCACACACCUUCUGCCAGUGGCCCCUUCUCAGCCCUGACUCCAAGCAUGUGGCCCCAGGAGAUCUUGGCCAAGUCCACGCAGAAGGAAGAGUCAGUGGAGCAACCAGAGUUCUUCUAUGAUGAGUUCGGUUUCCGCGUGGACAAGGAAGACGGUGCCAACCCCGGUUCCGGCAGGCCGUCAGGUGUGUCUCUGAUGGAGGACCCUCCACAGAGACUGCGCUGGCAGGCCCACCUGGAGUUCACCCAUAACCAUGACGUGGGGGAUCUCACGUGGGACAAGAUUGCUGUCUCUCUGCCCCGCUCUGAGAAGCUUCGCUCCUUGGUGCUGGCGGGCAUCCCACACAGCAUGAGGCCACAGCUGUGGAUGCGGCUCUCUGGGGCCCUGCAGAAGAAGAGGAAUUCCGAGCUGUCCUACCGAGAGAUGGUGAAGAACAGCUCCAACGAUGAGACCAUUGCUGCCAAACAGAUCGAGAAGGACCUGCUCCGCACCAUGCCCAGCAACGUGUGCUUCGCCAGCGUGAGCAGCAUCGGGGUGCCCCGCCUGCGCAGGGUUCUCCGGGCGCUGGCCUGGCUCUACCCAGAGAUCGGCUACUGCCAGGGCACGGGCAUGGUGGCUGCCUGCCUUCUGCUGUUCCUGGAGGAGGAGGACGCUUUCUGGAUGAUGUGCGCCAUCAUCGAGGACUUGCUCCCCGCCUCCUACUUCAGCACCACCCUGCUGGGAGUCCAGACAGACCAGCGGGUCCUGCGCCACCUCAUCGUCCAGUACCUGCCUCGCUUGGACAAGUUGCUCCAGGAGCACGACAUUGAGCUGUCUCUGAUCACGCUGCACUGGUUCCUCACGGCCUUCGCCAGCGUGGUGCACAUCAAGCUGCUGCUACGCCUCUGGGACCUGUUUUUCUACGAGGGCUCCCUGGUGCUGUUCCAGACCACGCUGGGCAUGCUGCGGCUCAAGGAGGAGGAGCUGAUCCAGUCCGAGAACUCGGCCUCCAUCUUCAACACACUGUCAGACAUCCCUUCGCAGAUUGAGGACGCGGAGCUGCUGCUGGGGGAGGCCAUGCGGCUGGCUGGCUCCCUCACGGACGUGGCCGUGGAGACGCAGCGCCGCAAGCACCUGGCCUACCUCAUUGCGGACCAGGGCCAACUCCUAGGGACCAGUGCCACCACCAACCUGUCACAGGUCGUGCGGCGCCGGACCCAGCGGAGGAAGUCUGGCAUCACCUCCCUGCUCUUUGGGGAGGACGACCUAGAGGCGCUCAAGGCCAAGAACAUCAAGCAGACGGAACUGGUAGCCGACCUCCGGGAAGCCAUCCUGCGUGUUGCCCGCCAUUUCCAGUGCACAGACCCCAAAAACUGUAGUGUGGAGCUGAGCCCAGACUACAGCAUGGAGAGCCACCAGCGGGACCACGAGAACUAUGUGGCAUGCUCACGCAGCCACCGGCGCCGAGCCAAGGCCCUGCUGGACUUCGAGCGACACGACGACGAUGAGCUGGGCUUCCGCAAGAACGACAUCAUCACGAUCAUAUCUCAGAAGGAUGAGCACUGCUGGGUCGGGGAGCUGAACGGCCUGAGAGGCUGGUUUCCAGCCAAGUUUGUGGAAGUCCUGGAUGAACGGAGCAAAGAGUACUCCAUCGCGGGGGAUGAUGCUGUGACAGAGGGGGUCACGGACUUGGUUCGAGGGACCCUCUGCCCAGCUCUCAAGGCCCUGUUUGAACAUGGGCUGAAGAAGCCGUCCCUGCUGGGAGGUGCCUGCCACCCUUGGCUGUUCAUUGAGGAGGCAGCAGGCCGGGAGGUGGAGAGAGACUUUGACUCGGUGUAUUCACGCCUGGUGCUGUGUAAGACGUACAGGUUGGAUGAAGAUGGCAAAGUCUUGACCCCGGAGGAGCUGCUCUACCGGGCUGUGCAGUCUGUGAACGUGACCCAUGAUGCUGCACACGCACAGAUGGAUGUCAAGCUCCGUUCCCUCAUCUGCGUGGGACUCAACGAGCAGGUCUUGCACCUGUGGCUGGAGGUGCUCUGCUCCAGCCUGCCUACCGUGGAGAAGUGGUACCAGCCCUGGUCUUUCCUGCGCAGCCCUGGCUGGGUCCAGAUCAAAUGUGAGCUCCGCGUUCUCUGCUGCUUCGCCUUCAGCCUCUCGCAGGACUGGGAACUUCCUGUGAAGAGAGAGGAGGAGAAGAAGCCACUGAAGGAGGGUGUUCAGGACAUGCUGGUGAAGCACCACCUCUUCAGCUGGGACAUAGACGGGUGA